AUGGAUCCUGACCAGGUCGCCGACGCCGGGGUCCAGCACCAGCACGACGAUCUCGGCGGCAGUGCCACAUCCGCAGACGGGUGCUGUGACGGUGGCAGUGGCGAUAGCUGGGCGCGCGCGCUGCUCCGCCGGGGAUGGGACCUGUCCCGGAAGGCCGCCAUCGCCGGCGUCGCGGCCACGGCCGCGCCCGUCGUGGCCCCGCCACUGCUUGUCCUGUCCCUCGCCGGCGUCGCGCUGUCCCUACCCUUCGCCGCCUACCUGGCCUGCCUCGCCGCCACCGACCGUCUUAUGGGCGCACUCCUGCCGGCUCCUCGUACCCAGCCGUACCACGCCUGCGACCUCGAAGACGAUGGAUUCUUAGAUGCAUCUGACGCGCCCGGCGGCGAGGCCCCUGUGUUCGACCACUGGCACGACGCAAAGAACGAUGCCAUUCCGGAGGAAAACGAGAGCUUUGUAUCGUUGCCGCUGUCACGGGAACCUCGGUUCUGCGAAGAGUCGGUGCCGUCGUCGACCGACGUGGAGGAUAAGAUGGCUGGAGGUGAAUUUCUUUCCCGAGAAUUGGGUCACGAGUCACUAGUGUUGGACAAUAGGGAACAGGAAGAGCAGGGCACAACCAUGGAGAUUGGGUAUAUUACCAUGGAGGCACUGCCACGGGGCUCCGAUGUUUUCGGAUCAGCAGUGCCAGUGUUGCGUGAUCAAGACAAUAUGGUUCAGAGGGUGGUAGAAGCUCCUCUUACAGCCAAGGAAUCAGUCCAAGAGUUAUCUGUAUCAGACAAUGAGGAUAGAACAGAGGAUAACAAGUGCAAAGAUAUGGAGCAAAUGGAGUCCUUCAAGGAGAUUCUGUCACUGGGCGUCGACAUCAGUGAAUUAAGUGACUUCUCGGUGCCAGUAUUGGGCAAUGAGGGUAUUGUGGUUGUGAGAGGAGAUGGUGAAAAAAAUUCUGUCCGAGAAUCAGGCCAAGAUUCCCAUUUAACAGAUAUUGAGGAUAAAAUAGAGAGCCAGAAAACCAAAGAAGAGAUACCACUGCAGGAGGCUAAUGUUUCUGAAUCAUUGGUGCUGGAUGAUACAAUGCUGGAGAGGAAGAUAGAAGGUGAUGUAACAGUGGAGAUGGUGGUGAAAGAAGUGUUCAUUAACACCGAUCCUUUUACAGGGGAGGUGGCUGGUGAGCAAGUGGGUUCCAUUGCUAUUGCCCUACCUGAAAGCGAGUCGCUGCAAGCCAGCAACCUUGUGGCUCAGGAGUUACAGGCGAUGGCGGAAGUUGCUAAUGUUGACGAUGUUAUCAAUGUUGCUUUAACAGAAGACGUUGUAUUGGAUAUUGGUGAUACUGGUACAGAGGGCAUGGAGCACUAUGGUGAGGGAGGUGUUUCUACUGUCAUCUCAGUGGUGACCGUGGAUGAUGUUGCAGAGCUAGUUUCCAGUAGGAGCCCAGCAGUCUCAGGCAUCAGUGAUGACAUGAAGAGUGUCAAGAGUAGGCCAGAUGCUGACCGCUCCAAUCAAACAACUGGCUACACACUAAGGAACAAUGAAUUUCGGGAGAAAGAGGCAACAGAGGACAAGCAUGUGAAAAUAGAGAACAAAACCUUGGACGACAAGGUGCCUACAAGGAGCACGUCACCACAGAUCAUUGAUGCUUCUAAAUCACCAGUGCCAGACGAUCAGAGCAAGAUAGAAGACGAAGCAACUGUGGAGAUGGUGCUGGAAGGAGUGACGAGUGACACUGACGAUCUUGUUACACGGGAGGUGGUUGCUGUGCAAUUGAAGAUUAUUGCUAGUGAAAGUGAGUCGUCGUCAGUGAGUGACCAUGUGGCUCAGGAGUUACAGGGCGUGAGCGAAGCUGCAGUUGUUGAUGAGAUCCGAGGAAGUACUGUGAUUGAAAACAUAAAAAAUGAAUUGAGUGACAGAACAACAGAGGGUGUUGAGCACCACAGUGACAGAGGUACUUAUAGUUUUGUCUCAGGAGUUCCAGAGGUAACCGUGGAUGAUGGUAAGGAUCUAGUUUCGAGUAGGAGCACACCACAUGCCUCAGCCCGUGAUAGCGCCUCAAGUGUCGAGGGUACGCCGGUUUUUGAUAACCCACACCAAACAACUGGUGUUGAAUACAAGCCAGUGAACGAAGGAUUCAGGAGGAAUGAUGUAGCUGAGGACAUGGACAACUAUACGGAGGAACAUUUAAGGGAGCAGCUUGAUACACUAAGAACAAUAACAGGGUACCGUCCCGCACCAUCUUUGACUCUGGAAGCUGAGCUUGUGGGGCUGUAUAUAUUUGUGGGAGUGGAACCUCCUGUCAGCUCAAGGGAUGCCUCCGAUCUGAAUGAUCUCAGCACAAAACUCCGGUUCUUGAAAUCGAUCAUAGGCGUGGAGUAA